AUGGGUAGCAAAGACGAUCUUCCAUCCCCCGUACUGGGUAAACCUAAGAAGAACUGGCGACCUCGUAUCUUCCUCGCUCUCUUGUUGACACUAGCUCUGGCCUUCUCCCUCCACCACAAGAUCUCACCUGUGGCUGGUUUGGUCGGUCAUUCUGCGACUUUCAUGAGAUGGCAAAAGGCAGAAUAUCAUGCUCAGAUGGAAGUGCUGAAAGCAAAGAUUCAAUGUCCUAAGCAGCCAGAGCCGGUCUAUCCCAAACUCACGUGGAAUAUGACAGAUGAGGAGCAGAAAAGGUCGAUAGAGUUGUUCGUGGAAGCUGUGCGCAUACCUACUCAAAGCUACGACGAUAAUGGUGAACCUAACGAGGAUCCAAGAUGGGAACCUUUCUUCGAGUUUCAACAAUGGCUACGAAAGAGCUUUCCUGUGGCACACGAAAAGGCCAAAAUUGAAUAUAUCAACACUCUGGGUAUCUUAGCGACUUUUGAGGGAGAGGAUCCGUCUUUGAAACCUGUAGUCAUGAUGUCACAUUACGACGUAGUACCUGCUCCUUCGUCGACAUAUGACCGCUGGACUCAUCCACCUUUCUCAGGUUAUAACGACGGUACUUAUAUCUGGGGACGUGGAUCAGGGGAUGAUAAAACUCUUCUCGUUGCUCAAUGGGAAGCCAUAACUAAAUUAUUACAAUCUGAUUGGAAACCUCUCCGAACCAUCAUAUUCUCUCAUGGGUUUGACGAAGAAGAAGUGUUCGCCCGUCGAGGACAAGGAACCAUUGCUCCUUUUCUUGAAAAACGGUAUGGUCAAAAUGGCAUCUUGAUGGUUAUCGACGAAGGGUUCGGAACGAUUGAUGAUUAUUUCGGAGCACCUUUCGCUCUUCCCGCUAUGGGAGAGAAAGGGUAUAUGGAUGUCAAGAUUACACUUGGUACUGCAGGAGGACAUUCUUCAAUCCCUCCUGAACAUACAGGAAUAGGUAUCAUGUCACAAUUAGUCUUAAGUCUUGAAGAAAACCCUUUCCCUAUCAAAUUAACUCCCGAAUCACCUAUACUGACAAGUCUAAUGUGUGCUUCCCUACAUGGACCUACUUUCCCAAAAUCUCUUUCUAAAUACCUCAAAUCGGAAGGUCCUACAUCUUGGCCAAAACUAGCAAAAGUAUUCGCAUCACAAUCAAGAAUCCAACGUGCAAUGGUAGGAACCACAACAGCUGUAGACGUCAUAAAUGGAGGUGUGAAAGUGAACGCUUUACCGGAAUUAGUUACUGCAAUGGUCAAUUUCCGUAUCGAUUUUGAUGAAAGUGUUGAAUCUACAAAACAACAUGUUAAAGAUACUUUGAAAGGGGUGAUUGAGAAACAUGGGUUGAAAUUUAUGGCUUUCGAUGAGGAAGUGAGGGUAGGAGAGGGGAAUGAAAGUUAUGUUAAAGUUGAUUUGAUUGGUUUACCUAUUGAACCUGCCCCGAGGACUCCGGCUGUUGGAGGUGUUUGGGAAUUAUUUGCUGGGACUGUAAAAGCAGUAUUACCAGGUCCGAAUGGAAAAGAACGUUACGUAUCUCCAUUCGCACCUACUGGUAAUACAGAUUGUAAGAUGUACUACAAUCUGACCAAAAACGUGUAUAGAUUCAUGGGUGGACCAAUGGGUGAAUCAUUCAAUGCUCAUACCGUCGACGAAAGAAGUUCGAUCAGUGGUCAUUUCCAAAUCGUUAAAUGGGUUCAUGCUAUUCUCCAAAAUGCUGGAGAGUAUCAAGGAGAGGAAUGA